AAGCAAAUACAAAUAAUACACCGUUGUGUCCCACCUUUCAACAGCCCAUGAACAGGCAGUCGAGUUCUCAUUGCGCGCGGCAGCUUUACAAUCGUUGCACUAGAAAUUUGUCGUUCCCGUGUCCGCGGAUUCGUGGUAUAACAGGUGUUGGACAAAACGGUUCGAUUUUCCGCUUAAUUUUCGAGACAAACCGCGCGGAUCUAACGUCCAAUGAUGACGGAAACUGUGGUUAACGUGCAAGAAGCACCCAAUAACAACGCGGCUCCGAAUAAACCCCAAGCGAACGACCAGCCCUUAUCUUGGAUUAAAAUUAAUUUGGAUUACUUUAAGACCACGCCAGGAUUGUUAAAACUUGCGGAAUUGGUUUUAGGAAUAUUCUGCAUGGGACUGGGUUCUCCAGCAUACUCCGGAGGUUCCCAUUUCUUCUUGUUUGUCGUCACCGUCAGUUUCAUCGGUACAUUAAUAUGGGUGUUUGUCUACCUGCUAGGAAUAAGAGAAGCUAUUAGCUUUCCUAUAGACUGGAUUUUAACAGAAUUGGUUAAUACCGGCAUCUGCACCGUUUGUUACUUCAUCGCCUUCAUUCUGCAACUGAUAGCGUCCACGGGGCUUUAUCCAGGUCAUUUUAGAAGAGGGGCCCAAAUAACCGCAGGAGUAUUUGGCAUUCUGAACGCCUUAGUUUAUGCUUUUGCGACGUACCUCCUCCACGUCGAGUGGAAAGCAUCCCGAACACGUAAUUAAUUAUUGUUGUAUUAACAGAACAAGUACUGGUAGUUCAUAAGUGUUAAAGUACGAUGUAAAUGUAUUUUUGUUACGCGAUGUACAGGUGGUACUAAGUUUUUCUAUGCUACAUUUUUUUUAUUUAUUAAUACAAUAUUAUACUAGUGUUAUCUUUCCACGUGGGUAUGAUAAUAUAACUUUGCCCGCUCAGGUUUGUCAUUUUUGAGUCGUUAUUUAAAGUUACAAUAAGUGUUACGGGAAAUCGUUAUAAUGUAAAAACCUAAUUAUGUUUUUAUCAUGAUUAGACUGCAAACACAACCCGGUAAAUCGUUAUUAACUAUAAAGAAAAACACUGCAGUUAUUAGGAUAUAGAAUUAUGAGUAAGUUUGAAUAAAUAUUUUGUUCGCAUUAAAUAGUACCUAAGUGGUAUCGCCUUAUAUGCCUUUUAACACGAUUUGUUUUUACGAAAAUGGUAUUUUCAAUUAGUAACAAUAGUAAAAUUUGACUUACUUUGUAUUUUACAAAUUUUUAAUGUGUCCAAUAAAAUGUUAUAUCAAUUGUCUUUUAUUCUCCCAUGUUUGGUUACCGUACAUAUGACGUAUAUAGUGGUUUUAAACGCGGUAUAUUUAUUUUACUUAGUACUCAAAAAACCUGUUUUAUGUUAUAUAGGAAUGAUAUUUCAGAAUCUAUGUGUUUUCUAUACCAAUGUGUGUCAUUGAUAUAGAUGCAGCAUACCAGUUAUGUUAUUUAUGAGAAAAUUGUUUUUUAAUUAUUAAGAAUAAAAUUGAAUCAUUCUGCUAUAUUUUACCCUGUAUGUCCAUAUAGAUAUAUUUG